AUGGCUCCAAUCAAAGUCGGCCUCAUGGGCUACGGCUUCUCAACCAAAUGCUUCCAUCUCCCAUUCAUCACGCCCAAUUCAGACUACGAAGUCGUCGCCUUCCUGCAGCGUGCAGAGGCGCCAAGUGAUCCCUCCAAGGUCGAGUCGGGAAAGCAUUGUACUGUCGACUACCCGAAGGCGAAGCACUACCGAACGGCGGAGGAGUUCUUCAAGGAUGGGGAUGUGGAGCUGGUGAUUGUGUGUACGAGCUCUGAUACGCAUUGUGAGUUUGGAGAGCAGGCGCUUAAUGCUGGGAAGCAUGUCGUGAUCGAGAAGCCCUUCACCGCCACAACAGCAGAGGCGGACAAGCUCAUCGCCCUGGCCAAGCAGAAGGGCAAAAUCCUCACCGUCUACCAGAACCGCCGUUACGACUCCGACUUCCGGACGCUGCGGCAUCUGAUGAGCAUUGAGCCGAAUCCGUUUGGCAAGAUCACCGAGUUUGCGAAUCAUUAUGAUCUCGACAGUCCGCCGUGGGCGAACUGGGGGAGUACGACACCAGCCGACUCCCCCGCCGGCGGCAUGAUGUACGGUCUCGGCACGCACUCGCUCGACCAAACGCUCCUCCUCUUCGGCAAGCCGAAAAGCGUAACAGCUUUCCUGCGCGUGCUGAGAGAAGGCGGCACGGACGAUGCGGUCGAUGACUCCUUCACCAUUAUUCUGCAGUACGGCGGCGAGCAGAAGAACCUCAUCGCCACGGUCAAGACGACGGUCGUGAGUCCGCAGACUAAGCAGUUGAAGUAUUGGGUGAGAGGCACGAAUGGGAGUUUUGUCAAGAGCCGCGUGCUCACGUACGAACAGGAAGGCGAAGAUGUGCAAAUGGACCACCUCCUCGACUCCCACAUGAAGGCAGACAACCCCGGCUUCGGCAUCGAACCCGACCGCUACCACGGCACGCUGCACACCAAGACCCCGCUCGACGAGAGCAAAUUCGAAAAAGACAAAACCGGCGUGCUGUUCACGGGCAAAAUCCCGAGUAAGGUGGGUUCGUAUAUGGACUACUACCGGGACCUGGCGGCUGCGAUAAGGGGGGAGAGGGAUGUGGAGGUGAAGGCUGAGGAGAGUCGGAUGGGGAUUAGGGUGAUUGAGUUGGCGAAGGAGAGUGCGCGGAGGGGGGUUAGUGUUGAGUGGAGUGAGGGGCCGUGA